CCUAACCCUAACCUAAAUACAAUUUUAAACGUCAACUUCAAUUGGGAGGGUCCGGACUUCCCAAGGAUCCCGGAUAGCACGGACCCAAUCGAAACGCAGACAGAGUUGUUUUCAUUUUACCGAAGUGCAGCCUGCCUUCAGGAGAACUUAGGGAUUUAUUCGUUUUUACUGCAAUUGCACAUCAAGUGUUGCUUUUAUUCGUGAAGUACCUGGUGAUUACCCAAACAGGAAAGGCGCGUUGACAAUGCCGAAAACACCUGAGUGCAGCGGUAUGGACCUAGGAGGAUAUGUUUCUCAUAGCUGCGAUUCACCAGCUCCGAAACUUAAAUCAUCGACAUCAUCAUCACCACCACCAUCAUCUUCCUUCAGCAGCAGUGCUCACCUUCAGCUAGAGGCAGCAUCACCACCGCCCCUCCAAGAUCUCCAGUUGAAGAGGCAUCAUAAGCAGUACUAUAGCCAUGGACAUAAUCUGUUACCUAAGAAGAAUCCUCUGGAUAUUACGGUGAGAGACUAUUCAUCAUCCUGUGUCUAUGAGGUACCUGACUCUGGUGGUGUUUCCCAUGACCGGACUGCCUGCUCUGCAUCUGCCAUAGCCUUAGCUGUGACUACCUCUGUUUGCUCUGGUGUUGAGGCUAGAGAUGUAUGGAAAGCUGGAUACCUGAGAAAGCUGAAACACAGUCACAAGAGAUUUUUUGUCUUGAGAGGGCCAAGCAACACAGGCCCCAGCCGCUUGGAGUACUAUGAUAGUGAGAAGAAAUUUAGAAAUGGAAUGAAAUCCAUUUCUAAAUCUCCAAGUGCUGUGGGUUCUCCUAAGAAGGUGAUUUAUCUGUAUCAAUGUUUCACUGUUAGUAAGAGGGCAGAUUCUAAACACAAGCACCUGAUAGCCCUGUACACUAAGGAUGAAUACUUUGUCAUGAUAGCGGAGAAUGAGGAAGAGCAAGAGAAUUGGUACCUGGCUCUGAGUGACCUGAUGAUCCAGGAGAAAAAGGAGUACCAGGACGUUGAGGAGUUGGAUGAUGGAUACUGGACCAUCUCUCCUGGAGCCAUCUUCAAGGAGGUGUGGCAGGUGAUCGUAAAGCCCAAAGGUUUAGGACAAACCAAGAACCUGACAGGAGUGUGCCGGCUGUGUGUCUCUGCCAAGACCAUUCACCUAGUGAAGCUGUGCUCGGAGAUGACGUCUGUGAACCUGCCUCUGAUGAAUGUCCGUCGCUGUGGUCACUCCGAGAGCUUCUUCUUUAUAGAGGUGGGCCGCUCAUCCUCCACUGGGCCGGGGGAGAUCUGGAUGCAGGUAGAAUCAGGUGACCCUGUGGUGGCUCAGAACAUGCACGAGACAAUCCUGGAGGCCAUGAGAGCCCUGAGGGCCAUCCCUGAUUUCAGGCCUCGGAGCAAGAGUCAGUCAUUCCCAUCAAACCCCUGUGCCGUAGUCAACACGCGACGUCAACACCAUGGCAACCUCCCACCCAGCCAGAAUGGGUUACAGCGCUCUACAAGGACCGAAACUGUUGUGAGCAAAACGCCCCCACAGAAAAAUAAAGGAGAUGGAGGCCACAGCCCCAAUCAAACUUCUAACCAAGGAGAGGGGACAAUGAACCAACCGAUCAGCCCAGGGACUGGCACCUUGGCUAUCCGUAAUGUCUGCAUCAAUAAAAGCCUUGAAGAGAGCCUCAGUCACUGUGCAUGCAUCUCCACCACCAUCAGUGUAUCCAGCAGCAGUGGCAAUGGCUCUGAUCCACACCCCUGGCCCUCUGACACUUCAGUCUUUGGUUCUCCCAGUGACAGAGGCUCUGUCUGGGCUGAGGAUUUGUGCUCCAACCCAUGUGUCUUGCAGUUCUCCAGCAGUAACACCCCAGACUCACUGUGCAACACCACUCUCAUUGAAGAGAACAGCCUGACUGACUACGUGGCCAUGGAUUUGCAGGUAAUGGCUGUGGCCAGGACCAAUCAAGGAGAUAGCUGUGAUGUGGAAAUGUCUACCCAUGAACAUUCCAGACAAUACCACCUAACCACCUCAUGCACUCCAAAAUGUGAAGAAUGUCUCUCAUCCAAGCCCCCCUUCCUCCAUAUCUAUAAUCAGAGUAAACUCACAGUGGAGGACAGUUAUAUGCCAAUGGCUCCUGGCCCAGGGCCUCAUUAUUCAGAUGACAUCCCUUCAGAUGUCAAUGUACCCCCCACUCCUCCUCAAACACCUAGUGUUACCAUGUUCCCCUCAGACCAGGUGGGGCCCCAGGGCUACAUGAUGAUGCUUCCACAUAGCUGUUCACCAGCAAAGGAUAGCCUCAGUGAUGUCGAUCGUUCACUGUGUGAUGAAUACAUGAACAUGUCUCUCGGGAGCCACAUGGAAGGCCAUACACAGGGCUCACCUGAGGCUCUUAAGUCCUACAGCUAUUCCUCUCUACCAAGUUCUAACCAGCCUCCCUCACAGAGGAACUGUGAACAUGAUGACUAUGUCUCCAUGUGUCAUCCUGCAGCUCACCACUGCUCUGCAGUUGAAUGGAACAGUAGAAAUCCUCUCUGUAGCUCGCCUCGUCACUCUUCUCAUCCAAACAGUGAUGUGCUGCUGAACCUAUCCGAUGUGCCUGUGUUGAAUGUCACUGGUUUAUCCUUGGACCAGCAUGGGGUUGAAGAUGAAGGUGACCUGCCCACUCAAACUGAGUCUAUCCAGAUUUCAACAGAUCGUCUCAACUACAUUGCUCUCUACCUGAGGGAUGAUCAGUGUGCCACCUGUGAUGUCCCUUUGCAUACUGAUGAGGUCCCUUCUCCACUUCCUGCACGUACCAGUCCAAGAGAGAGUGGGUCUGGACCCGGGCUCUACACUGGCAUAGACCUCUCCACAUCAGCAAGACAGACUGCUGCCACCAGACGUUGGCUGUGUUCCUGUCUCCCCUUGUGUAUCAAUACAGAUGACAGUGAGUAAGAGUGCAGUUUAAAAACUGUCUGUGCUGCUUUUGAAUCAAUUAAUUAUUGAAUCAACCAGAUUGUGAAUACUCAGCCUUGUUGUGUAUAGGAUGAUAAUUAUAAAAUAAAUGAGUUAUUUGUUCUCA